GCGGCGGCAUCAUCAUCAGCAGCAGCAGCAGCAGCAGCAGAGUCUUCUCUUCAGGAAUGAACUGACUUUGUGGCUUCAUCUACACACUCAGUUUCUUCAGGAUUCCUUGUGCUCACACGGAUAAACCUUCACAAUCAGGGAUAUAUCGAUACAUUUGAAGUGUUUUCCUCUACUCAUCCUUCUUAUUAGCGCCUCAGCGGCUACACUGAAUAUUAGUCGCUGUUACCCGGGUUUUUAUUGAGGCAAAUCCGCAGACAUUUUGUUAUUUAGAGCGUUUUUUUUUCUCGUCAGUGUUCUCGCAGCUGGCUGAAGAGAAGGAAACUGACAGUUUGUUUUUUCUGAGGGGGAAGGAAGCACAAGAAGAAGUAAGAAACACACAGCGCUGCGUCAGCUCGCUUCACCCCCACACUACAACACCGCUUGUGUGCGAAUGUGUUUAUGUGUGACGUUAUUAAUUCACCCGCGUUUAGCUCGCGUCGCUGCCGCUGGUUCGUUGAGGCGGAAAGCUCGCAACAGCGAUGAAUCAUUUUUGACGGAGAGCUUUUGAAGAAUUAGCUAGCAGCAGCAGCAGCAGCAGCACUGAUGGUGGUUUCCUGUCCACACGCUCUGUAAACACGGGGGUCAGGACAGGUACAGCUGGACACACGCGAGACACCGACUCUUUUACUUCGUUAACGGCUUGAAAGUGCAUCACUUUCAUCCGGCGAAUAUAUAUUUUUGUUUUUUGUAUUUGUUUAUUUGCUAUUUUUUUGGGGGGAAGGGGAUUGCUAGCUGCCGUAAGCUAGUCAUCCGGCUAACCGUGGACAGAUCCUGUUAAAGGCUGGGCUCGCUGUGGACAAAGGACCAACGCCAGGGGAAAAUAUAAACACAGAGCAAACACACUAGUAAAUCGUGUCUGUGAAGGAGAGCAACAAACCAGGACCUGACAUGAUGUUUCCACAAUCAAGACACUCAGCUUCAUCGCAGCAGCUGAAAUUUACAACCUCUGACUCGUGUGACAGGAUCAAGGAUGAGUUUCAGUUCCUCCAAGCACAAUACCACAGUUUGAAGCUUGAAUGUGACAAGUUGGCCAGUGAGAAGUCGGAGAUGCAGCGCCAUUAUAUCAUGUACUAUGAGAUGUCUUACGGGCUUAAUAUCGAGAUGCACAAACAGGCAGAGAUAGUGAAGAGAUUGAACGGGAUCUGCGCACAAAUCCUCCCCUACCUAUCUCAGGAGCACCAGCAGCAGGUACUGGCAGCCAUAGAGAGGGCCAAGCAGGUCACCCCUCCGGAGAUGAACUCCAUCAUAAGGCAGCAGCUUCAGGCUCACCAGCUGUCUCAGCUCCAGGGCCUGGCCCUACCCAUGACCCCACUGCCUCUGGGCCUGAGCCAGCCAACUCUCCCCGCUGUCACCACCUCCUCCGGUCUCUUCUCCCUCUCCUCCCUGCUGGCUUCCCAAGCCCAGCUGGCCAAGGAGGAGAAGGCGUCACGUGAUGGUGUGGACAGCCACCGCGAAGAGGACGGGGACAAGUCUGAUUAGCUGGUUUCCCAUUCAGCUCUGUUUUCACCCAGGGACCCGAAUCCCAAGAUUUGAGCCCCCUUGGCCUACAGUCACACUACUGGUCUCCAUCUACCUGACCGUAGUUAUCAUGGGCUUUCAUCCCAACACCAUUUUAGCAUAUCUGUAUGUAUCUUUCAUGUCUCUCUCUCAUUAAGUCUGUAUCUUUUCUUCACACGCACUCUUUUGUGUAUGUGAUUAAACAGGACUUCUACUUUUUUUUUUUUUUACCAGCGCUGCUUUCUAUUUCUGUUGUUUCCUGUCGUCCUGUCCCUGUUCUUGCUCAUGUUCUCUCUUCCUGUUCCUUUGCCUCUGUUCCAGGCAGAGUUGUUUGGUGAGACUGGACACACAGUCCUGUAAGUGUCCGAACAGGCUUAAUGUUAAACAAAGGGAUUCUUUGGCAAACCAUAAAACCUGUCACAGACACUACGCGGUUCUCGAAACUCACUUUCCUAACUGGUUCAAAGCUAAAUUUAAACACUGGAUCGGGGGCUUGUUUAAACAUUUGCCCGAAUGCUGAAGUGAAGGAGAGAAAUUUCCGUCUCGUGUUUCCUUCUGCAGCUGCAGUCACAUCACUAACCAAAUGCUGCUUCUGAGCAGAAUUGUAAUAACACCUCCGGGCACCAGGCUAGAGAUUUUCCGUAUAAUCCUAAAUUUAUAAGAAAAAAGGAAAAGCACCUUGUUAGAGUUACAACAUGCUGAGAACUGUCAGUCUAGAUAACAAACCCAGCUUAGUAAGUAAUCCCCCCCAUUUCCGAUCCUUGCCUGACCCUGCGAGGUACGGCAGAUAAAUCCACUCAGCAGGCAAAUUUAUAUAUAUAUAUAUAUAUAUAUAUAUAUAUAUAUAUAUAUAUAUAUAUAUAUAUAUAUAUAUAUAUAUAUAUAUAUACACAUAUAAGGGGUUUUAAAGAGCUGAGAUGGCAACAGAAAGAACAGAGAUGCCACUUGACUCUGUUAUCCUCCCACCACCCUUUUCCUUCUUUAAUGUUCACUAAUAUCAGAGCAGAGACUGAGGGGAGCGAGUGUGCAUGUUGCGUGUUUGACAGCAGAGGGCAGCGUGUGUCUUUGAAGAAGUGUCCUUGGCGAGUUCAGGCUUGAGCAAAACAAGUACAGGACAGAGAACAAGCUGUGCCACCAGUGCGGAGUUUAAAAACUCUGCAUGCGGUCGGUCCCAGUCUCCUUCAUGAGGAGGAAACCCGGUCCCUCUUUAAAUUCAAAUUUAAUCUGUGUGUAUUUUUGAUUCACUGUUCACACACACAGUAUUACACAGGUGAUUUAACGUGUUAAUGUGACAGUGAGUGGGAAAUCUCAAUGAUUUAACAAAAGCAGAAAUCAAGAGAGAUGAAGCGUUGAAUAGAAGCUCUUUCAGCCUCACAGGCCCUGCACACCUAUCCAUCACUGUUCAUUGACUCCGUUACUGUGUGUGAUUAAAACUGUUAUUAGAUCCAAUCAGUGAAACUGCACGGAGAAUAAUGUCCUCAGCUCUUGCAGUCUAUGGCUCCAUGUGUUCCCCGAGUUAUUUGUAUUCGAGUAUCGGAACCCUGUGAAUUUUAAAAUUCCCCCAAGUGGCCAGUUUGAUUUCCACAGUGACUCUUUGCUGCAUGUUACGCCCUCGCUCUCUCUUUCAUCCCUCACUUCCUGUCAUGUCUUUAAUGUCGGUCCAAAAUUUCAAAACAAAUCCACACAUUUUUCUUUUCUUUUUUUAACAGCAGUUUGCAUCCAUAAUGUUGCAUCACUGCCUUCUUAUCUCUCCUUUACACACCUCAGCUGUCCUAAUAAAAAACAAAGGUACUUCUCUAUUUUAUGUCCCUACAAACGCAUCCUGGCAUGUUUCUCAGAACAAUCUCACGCUCAAGGACAAAUAUUAAGGGCCCAUGUUGAAUUUCACAACAUAGGUCAGCUCUUAUUUGUGUAUUAUGGCCCUGCAUCUAUCUCUGGUUUCCUCGCUCCCAGUGUUGUCUCUAUGCCAGAAUAGUUUUGCGAUCUGUGAAGGUUAAAAACACUGCAUCUUACGAAAGCAUGUCUGUGUGAUUGAAGGCAAAAAACAAACUCGAGUUAAGUUGUGAUAUGACGUAAAACACUCACGGAAUCAAAGACCAUAGUCUUAACACUGGUGCAAAAAGCCGGCUUUAUUUAAAUGUGACGUCAAACGGGACGCAAAGGUCCAGUGGGUAAGAAUUAGUGACGUGGAAUGAUGAGAAACCCGUCCCUUUCACAUGUGCAUCAGUUCAACUACGUUGGACUUUGCUCUUUCUCGCUUUGUGGCAAACCCCUGCCUGAGGUACACAUAUGAAGGUCUAUUCCAGUGAACUUCUAUUUUAAAGCCAUUUUUUUUACUAAUACAAACACAAUUAUGUUUAGUAUACGGUGUAUAUAUACAUCAUUAAACCCUCCUGAAUGUUACACACUGGACCCUUCAGUCAGUUAAAUGUCUGAAUUUGAUUAAACGCCACACUGUCUCCUCUGUGAAUGCAGUUUACUGCGUACUAUUAUUAGUAUUCCAUUGGAGGCGCCACAGCAGGACAUGUGAGGAAAGGUGGAAUUAGUGAGUGAAAACACACACGUGUGCGCACAGACGCAAAAAUACACACACACACAUGCAUUUUCCUCUUCAUAAACUGAUCUCUGGAAUAACGACAAAGCACAUUUUAUUGUUGAAGUCCCCAUACUACGUCCCUUGCUGAUUUAUGCGUGCGUUUAGUUUCAUCAGUUUCCAUCCGUGUAAAUUCAGCAAACAAAACGACAAAUGUAAAGUAAUUCCAUACUGAAGUCCUUUACGCGUGUGAAGGUUUUUCGAUGACAAACACCGCCGCGUGUUUAAACUGUUUGUACAGGUCCGGUUCUGUUCUUUCUACAAACAUGCUAUCUCGUCCCGCUUGUGAAUUACGCUCCUCGACCUCUCAUUCAGCCACUCGCUACAUACUGUACUCGUCAUAGUGAUAUGCAGAGCAUGUAGACCAAGUGUCACACAAACACACACGUAAAGUGCAUGUCUGCGAGGGAGCCCAGAGAGAUUUUCUGUCUUUAAUUCUUUCUUCUUUUUUCCCUGGUAGAGACAUUUAUUGGAUAAAAAAAACGAAUGUUUGGUCCAAAUUUCCUGUGAUCGAUGCACUUGUAUUGAUUUAUUAUUAUUAUUGUUAUUAUUUUGAUUAUUGUUUUGAAAUAUUAAUCAAUAUGAACUAGAACCAGAAUCACAGAACUGAUGUUAUGAACCUACAAAUGAAAUUCUAUGUAUUUGUUGAAGUAGUUGGAGGCGCUCACCUCUGUAUACAGUUAUACAUAGAAAGCUUUAUGUGUAUAUGGCUGCAUCUUCUCUUGUCUGUCCUGGAUGAUUCUUGUGUUGUUGUGUUACAAACCUUAUGUGACACUGGGGGAAACUGCAGUAUGUUGACCUUUUUCCCCCCCUCCCUUUCCCCCCCCCUGUUUCCUUUCUCCUCCUCCCCC